UCCAAGAUGGAAGGUGAGGGUUUAAAAAAAAAAAAAAAAGAAUGUCAUUAUUCCGAAUCUCGUCCUCAUCUUUUCCAAUACAGGGAUAGUCCUUGGACAAGUCAGUCAUCCGCUGUUGGUUUAGAUUUAAUAUCUAUGGGCUCUGAUGCAGGCAGAUUAAAUGACCGCUUUUUGUAUUUGAACCAAAAUGAUGAUUGUUAUAAUAAAUAGCAAUAAUAAGUGCUUCUGUCAUCCCUUUUCUCCUCUAUCCUCCUCCCCCUGGCCAUGCCCCUCAUCAGGGCAGCAGCAUGGACUUAGGCAGCGACUGACUGAGCCUGGAGACCCUGGUGUCCAGAAGGACGUUCCCUAGGGGGCAGCUGCGUCCGCCCACACUUCCCAGGAACCCCUCUGAUCCUGAGCCCUUGGAGAAGCAUCCCCAUGAAGGUGUCCAGUCAUGCAAUGCUCCUGGAAGGCUGUCCUCCUCCUUGCCUUGGCCUCCAUCGCUAUCCAGUACACGGCCAUCCGAACCCUCACCGCCAAGUCCUUCCACGCCUGCCCGGUGCCCAGCCCCGUGAACUGUAGCCCCGGCCCAGGGGAGGCUGAGAUGGCCGAGCGGCUCUGCGAGGAGAGCCCCACUUUUGGCUACAACCUCUCAAGGAAGACCCACAUCCUCAUCCUGGCCACCACCCGCAGCGGCUCCUCCUUUGUGGGCCAGCUCUUUAACCAGCACCUGGAUUUCUUCUACCUUUUCGAGCCCCUCUAUCACGUCCAGUACACUCUCCUCCCUCGCUUCACCCAGAGCAGGAACCCCUCGGACAGGCGGGUCAUGCUGGGGGCCAGCCGCGACCUGCUGCGCAGCCUCUACGACUGCGACCUCUACUUCUUGGAGAACUACAUCAAGCCUCCUCCCGUCAACCACACCACGGACAGAAUCUUCCGCCGGGGGGCCAGCAAGGCGCUCUGCUCGCCCCCGGUGUGCGAGGCCCAAGGCCCAGUGGACAUGAACCUGGAGGAGGGGGACUGUGUCCGCAAGUGCGGCCUCCUGAACUUGACCCUGGCAGCGGAGGCCUGCCGGGAGCGGAGCCACGUGGCCAUCAAGACGGUGAGGGUCCCGGAGGUGAACGACUUGCGGGCCCUCGUGGAGGACCCCAGGCUCAACCUCAAGGUCAUCCAGCUGGUCCGGGACCCUCGGGGCAUCCUCGCCUCCCGCAGCGAGACGUUCCGGGACACGUACCGGCUGUGGCGGAUAUGGGACGGCACCGGCAGGAAGCCCUACAACCUGGACGUGAGCCAGCUCACCACCGUCUGCGAGGACUUCUGGAACUCCGUGUCCACCGGCCUGACCCGGCCGCCGUGGCUGAAGGGCAAGUACAUGCUGGUGCGCUACGAGGACCUGGCCCGGAACCCCAUGAAGAAGACCGAGGAGAUCUACGGCUUCCUGGGCAUCCCUCUGGACAGCCACGUCGAGCGCUGGAUCCACAACAACACGCGCGCCGACCGCUUCUCCUCCAAGCACAAGUACGGCACGCUGCGCAACUCGGCGGCCACGGCCGAGAAGUGGCGCUUCCGCCUCUCCUACGACAUCGUGGCCUUCACCCAGAACGCCUGCCAGCAGGUGCUGGCCCAGCUGGGCUACAAGGUGGCCGCCUCGGAGCAGGAGCUCAAGAACCUGUCCGUGAGCCUGGUGGAGGAGCGCCACUUCCACCCCUUCUUGUGACCACGGGGCUGGGGGCGGGGCCGGGGGCGGGCGCGGGGGCCGGCUCGGACGCGGAGGACCAUUUCUAACUGUUGCCUUAUCCCCUGCCCUUCCCCACCUCCUGUCGUCGUCGUGCCCUUCCCACCCCCUCGCCUUUCUCUUUUUUCUCCGAAAUUUGCACUACGUCCUCCACGGACGGACGGACGUCACUAGGGAACGGAGGGGAACGAGGAGGGGGACGGUGCCCCCCGCCCACGGAAGCGGGCUCCCUCUGCGGAAGGCUAACAAUGUUUACAAACCACACACACACUCCCAACACCCAAGACACAGCUCCUCUCUCAAGCUUCCCCCGCGGAAGGGUUUUUGGGGGUUCUUGUACCUUUUUGCACUGUUUACUUUUACAAGGUAAGAGAUUAAAAAGAAAAGGACCUUCUCUAAUUUAUGAAUGGUGUCCCUCCCGGCCCUGCCCCCCAUCUUCUCUUCCCCUCCCCCACUCCAGGAGGAGCGCCGGCCCCGGCUCCCCCUCUGCACAUUGGUGAAGUUUCUUUUUUCUGUGAGGUGAAUGUGGAUUUCCUCGCCCCCCCCUCACCCCCAGUCUGUUGCAAUAAUGUCGUUUGUCUGAGUCUUGUUGCUGGGCCUGGUCGCUGAUUGGUGUAUGAGUCCCCGUGGGCUCUUAGGGUUCACCUGUGACAUUUUUUUUUUGUGCCAAAAAGAAAAAAAAAAGAAAAAAAAAGUCGGGUUGGUUUGCUAAUCAAAGAAUGGACUGCUUUCUCUGUGUUUUCUGUAAAUAAAAGAGGUCACUGUUGU